GUGAAACACUUGUUAUGAAUACCAUUAUUAGCCCUUAUUUUUUUGUAUUACUUUUAUUAUAAAUAAAAUCUUUCAUUACAUGUAAGCAUGUAAUAUUGCUUGACUUGCAACCCAUCCAAAAAUGGAUUAGGUACAAAAUAUUCAACAUUUUGACCCAUUUAAUUUAAUUUGAAAUUUAAUCCAAAGACUUUUCAAAAAAAAAAAAAAAAAAUGAAAAUUCUCUUUUAGACGGUUGUUUCUUCAUGUUGUUAAUGGAUGAUUAAAUACAAAUUCCCUCUCCUUCUCUCUCUCGUGAAUUCUCUUUCUCUCUCAUGGUUUCUGCGCUUAUCAUUCCAAUCUCACAUUCCACUCCCUCGAUCUUCAUCACCAUUUUCUAGGGUUUCAAUUUCUUCGCCAUUGAAGACCCCAACCUAAAGCUUCAAUUCAAUUCAAUUUCAAAUUCAAAUUCAAAUUCUUCCGCAUUUCAUCGAUUCUGAAGCUGUAAUUUGCCGACAUUGUGCUCGUUUUCCGUCGAAAAUUGACGGUGUUUUUUGGUCUGAUGAAUCGGCGGCGAUGAGGUGAAAGAGGAGAGAGAAAUGGAGGUUAGAUCGGACGGUUUACAGGCGGUGAGGUAUGAUAAGGUUCCGGUGGGACCAAUGUUUGAGAGAACUAGGUUAAAAGUUUGGUUUAUUAGGGUUUGUUCCAGCAUUUUGUUGUGGACUAUUUUGGUGCAGCUUGUUGCCUUUGGCGAACUAUGGAAUCCUCAUUUCUUCGCUGGUUUUUCCCAUAGAUUAUCGCAUGUUUCUACUUUUUCGCCUAAUGCUCCUCCUCCACCUCCUCUCUUACCUCUAAGAAACUACACAAGUAAUGGUUAUCUAAGAGUAACAUGUAAUGGAGGUUUGAAUCAAAUGCGUGCUGCGAUAUGUGACAUGGUGACAGUUGCUCGUUUCUUAAAUCUCACUUUGGUUGUCCCAGAGCUUGAUAAGACAUCCUUCUGGGCAGACACAAGUGAUUUUGAGGACAUCUUUGAUGUGAAACAUUUCAUUGAUUCCCUGAGGGAUGAGGUUCGGAUAAUUAGGAGGUUACCAAAGAGAUAUAAUAGGAAGCAUGGUUUCCGGCCACUGGUUAUGCAACCAAUUAGCUGGUCCAGUGAUAAAUAUUAUUUCCAACAGGUUCUGCCUCUUUUUGAGAAGCAUAAAGUGAUACAUUUUAAUAAAACGGAUGCACGUUUAGCGAACAAUGGACUUCCCCUUGAAUUUCAGAGACUCAGGUGCCGUGUUAAUUUUAAGGCUCUAAAAUUCACUCCUGAGAUUGAGGCGCUGGGAUACAAGCUGAUCCGUCUACUUCAAGCAAAGGGGCCUUUUGUUGCUUUGCAUCUGAGAUAUGAGAUGGACAUGCUGGCUUUCUCUGGUUGUAACCAUGGCUGCACUGAGGAGGAAGCUGAGGAACUUAAGCAGAUGAGGUAUGCAUACCCGUGGUGGAGGGAUAAGGAGAUCAAUUCUGAAGAGAAGAGGGCUCAAGGUUUAUGUCCUCUUACGCCAGAGGAGACUGCUUUAAUUCUUCAGUCGCUGGGUUUUGAUAAGACUACCCAGAUCUAUAUUGCCUCUGGAGAAAUUUAUGGAAGUGAAAGAAGACUUGCAGCUUUACGGGCUGCAUUUCCUAAUACGAUUAAGAAGGAUAUGCUGCUUGAUCCAGAUGAUUUAAGGCAAUUCCGGAAUCAUUCUUCUCAAAUGGCAGCCUUAGAUUUUAUGGUUUCAGUUGCUAGUAAUACAUUUCUUCCAACGUAUGAUGGAAACAUGGCAAGGCUAGUUGAAGGUCAUCGCAGGUAUCUCGGUUUCAAGAAAACCAUUUUAUUGUAUCGAAAGAGGCUUGUUGAAUUAAUUGAUUUACGUCAGAAUGGGACUUUAUCAUGGGGCAGUUUUGUUGUUGCUGUUAACGAGGCGCAUGUAAACAGAUCAGGACAACCUGUAUUGAGGAAUGUUAUUCCUGAUAGACCAAAAGAGGAGGAUUAUUUUUAUGCUAAUCCGCUGGAGUGCCUGUGCAAAGAUUUACAUUGCAAUGACGUAAUAGCAGCCAGUAACACAAGUGUUUUACAUCGAGGUUUCAAUUGACAAGUUUGAUACUUAGAGCUAAUUUGUCUAUAAUCAAGUGAUCACGGGUAAGUCCUUGAAAGAAUUUGGUCUGCUUAUCCUGAAAGGUUUGCGCGGCCAUGAAUACGGAUGCAAAGAUAUCUUGUGAAUAGUCAAGGGAAGUGGAAGGUGAACAUGAGUUCUCGUUUGUACUUGCAGUCUGCUUAAAGCUGAUUUAGGUACCAGAGUAUAAUGAUGCUUUGUGCUCAAGGUUGAGUAUUAGUCUCUUAGCAAAUUUAAAAAUUAGUAGGUUGCCUCAAUAGGUUACUAUAGUUUAAUCGUGAUUGACUUGGUACAUUUCUGCCAUGAGUUUAGGAGAGAUUGUUUAUGAUGAAGAGUGAUAAGUAGGUAUAAACUGAUAUCAUCCUGCAAAAGCAGCAGUUUGGUUCUUUUCUGCCUUUUUUACCAUAGCUUUCAGCAGAGCAUUGGAAUUUUCGACUUCUAUUUUCUUUUCUCCCUAACUUGUAAAGUGUAAUUCAUUUUUCACCUGAAUCAAACUCCAUAAAAGUUAAUAUAAGUUAUGAAAUGUAAGUUUCUCCUUGA